CCUCCCCCCAACAGAGACAUUUCCGCGUUGCAAAACAUGUCCUCAAUUGGUCCUCAAAUCCCUUCGCAUUGUCUUCCCACCGUAUCAAAGGAAGAGUCUAACGAUGCAGAAAGCGACGACGGCAGCUAUGGUCCUGCUCCUCCCACAUCCAUAGGACCACAAAUACCUCAGCAUUUACCGGCGUCGACUUCAAGUGGCAAAGCGGCCGAUGAGCAGGAGCAGGAGGAGAGUGACGAUGAUGGCUACGCCCCAGCUCUGCCACCAGACCUUGUAGCUACUCGUAAAGCCGGGCCUUCGUCCCCUCCUCUAAAGUCCUCUGCUCCAUCCGUUCCUACUGCAGCCACAUCAUCAGAUACCUCUCGAAGACCAGUUGGCCCAUCGUUUCCGUCCUCUUACGACGACGACUCUGAUGAUGACAUCGGUCCCAAACCGCUGCCGGCGUACGUUGGCCCUGCACGAGAGAAGUCGGGCGUGGAGGAGUUCCUGGAGCGUGAAGAGCGCAUACGGAAGAAGAGGGAAGAGGAAAAGAAUCCGAAAGAGAAAAAGCUGCAGAGGGACGAGUGGAUGUUGGUUCCGCCAAAAGCAGGAGACCUACUUAGUUCUCUGGACCCGACGAGAAUGAAAGCGCGCCAGUUCGCCAAGUCGUCUGGCCCCUCAGCCCGGGACACUGGGUCAUCGCUUUGGACAGAAACUCCGGCAGAACGACAGCAGCGCAUCGCCGACGAGGUAGCGGGACGCAAGCGACCGGCUGCAAAUGCUGAGCCUGAAAGCCACGACGACGACGAAUCACGGAAACGUCGGAGAAGGGACGCGGAAAUCAGAAGAGGAGUCGAAGAACACACCCGCAAAGCCCGAGGCAGCGCACUCGUCGACGCUCAUGCGUCUUCUCAGUCCUCGAAACCCGACGACGGGGAGCCUCCUGUCAUCUGGGACCACGCCCGAGACAUGUCGCUCGGCGGGCGACUUAUGGAUGACUCGACACGGAAGAAGAUGUUGCAGGACGCAAAAUCCCUGGGCGACAGAUUCAGCGGAGGGAAGAGUGGAGGCUACUUGUAAAACAGGGAUGGUAUCUAACAUCGUUUAUCGCUGCAUACGUCUGAGCUUCUCAAUGUUCC